AUGGCCGGCGAAAGUCCACCCCGGCUGCGAGCCGCUUCAGCCUGUGUUGCCUGUAACAAGAAGAAGGCCGAUGAUGCCGGCGUUGCUAGAUUCGCUGUAUAUAUCCGGACGGCGGCCAGCAGUGUUCGAACUGUGCUAGGAAUCACUGGACAUGCUCGUAUGGAUGACUCUUCUUCUUUUCAUCUACCUCUCAUCGACACUCCGGCGUUGUGGCCCCGCGAACGCAAGCGAAAACGCCGGAAGGUCGCAUCAGACACCAAGGAAGAACCAGACUCGACGCCUACGGACCAGCUCUGCGUUGCCCCUUUACUGCCUCCCUCGCGAUCGCAGCGGGAGGCCGGGUAUCCAGGAUGGGAACCCCGUCGCUCUAUCCCUGCCGAUGGCCAGCCUUCCGGCACAUCGGAGUCCUCAGGGGGGCCCGGCUCCACGGCGCCAAACAAUCAUAGCCAUAAUAAUAAUAAUAGCAACCAUAAUAAUAAUAACCUCAACAACAAUACGAGCCAGGCGCCUGCGACUCCAUCGGCUGCGACACAGGAUGCAGACGGGUGCACCCUCUAUUCACAAAACACCUCGGGCUCUGUGCCUGUUCGGCCACAGCAGCAGCAGCAGCAGCAGCAGCAGCUGGAGCCACACGAGUCGGCUUCAGGGGUCAGUACGACCUUCCUGGGCCGGUCAGAGUACAUACGAGGCGAGGUACCGAUAAACGAAGAUCGCGCAAAGGCAUACCCCGCCGUCGCUACGGAGAGCUUGAUGGAAGAAGACAUUCAGAUACUUCAGCUCCAGCAUGCGUUUGAUCUCCCUCCCCGCGCCGUCAGGGAUGGCCUCAUAGACACGUUCAUGAAACGAUUCUUUCUUGCCGCCAGUCGGGUGUCGUCAGCCCCCGCAGUCACAGCCUAUGCCUCGUCUAAUGAGUUUUACCGGCGAGCAAAGGCACUGUUUUGGUCUGGGUAUGAAAAGAACACCAUCACCGUCAUAACCGCCGCAAGAGAUUGCUUGAUAUCUGCCAGCCAUGGGCGGCCACGAGCAAUCAACACAGAAGACAACGAUGUCCGACCACUUACGCCAGAGGACUUUUAUGGCUGUGGCGCCGACGAUGCACUGUUUUUAGCACAUGUGGAAGUCUCAUCCUUGCUUGGUGACGUUACCCAGGCCUGCUGUCGACGAGCCCUGACACAGCAAAAGAGGACCUGCAUUGAAAAUGCCCUCUACAGAUGGUCGAGAGAGCUGCCGGAACACCUCCGCCUCUUCCAAAGAGUCUUCCCACCAGAAGGCUCGACAGCGUCAAAACUAGUGCUCAUGCCCUAUCACUUCGAGGCACGGCAGCUACAUGUCACAUAUUUCGUCAUCCUGGCCAUCCUGUAUCGGGCCUCUUCCCCGGGCACCAUCCCCUCUGCAGCCGCCAUCCUCGCCUCAUCCUUCGUGGCUGGGAUAUUCGAAGACUUCCUGGCGAGAGAUGAAAUCCGCUUCCUCGGUCCCAUCUUCACCUUCUAUCUCCUCGCAUCCGGCGUCGGUCUCGCGUCAUGCUAUUCCUACCCGCACUUGUGGGAACGAGCCCAACAAGACCUCCGAAUCAUAUGCAGCUCUCUCAAGGAGCUCUCAAAGCGCUGGCCGUCCGCGAUCGGCAGCCUAAAGGCCCUGCAAAGCAUGAUUGACGAGACUGCAAAAGCUGCCCGGACCGCGGAGAGGCCUCAGCCUACGCCUCUCACCACCGAUCAACAGGCAACCUUCUGCGGCUUUGGCACUGACCUAUGCCGACUUGGAGAGGUCAUGCUGGCUCAUUACCCGCACGACAUAGUCGACACGGGCAGACAGGAAGACGACCAGUACGCCAGAACAGUCUCCGACAUGAUGACUGCGGGAAUACUAGCGGAGCUGAAAACACCCAUGGACCCCGCUUCAGCGCCUGUUGACGAAUACCUGCCUCUUGCAUCGGUGAUAGACCACAACACACAGCUUGCGUUCGGGGUGGAGGAGCCUACGUCCAUCAUCCCUGAUGAGGUUCUCUACGGUCAGUAUGAGGGGAUUGGCAACUGGCUCCUUCGAGGAUGGGGCGGCAACACGGAAGUCCCAUGGCAGUAG